CAUCCGUAUUAAAAUACAUUAUUAUUUUAUAAUGCAUGAAGAUUUUUAACUAGUCUUUCCGUUUAUUUUCAAUUAUAAAUUUUAUUUUAUUAUCGCGUUAAGAAAUUCACUAUUCUUUAAUUAUGUCUAACGAACAGUAUCAAGUUGCAAGAAAAAAAAGAGUCGUAUGGACUGAUGAUCGUGUUCACGAAUUAUUAAAUGUAUUUGAAGACAAACAAAUAAUAAAACACUUGGAUGGAUCUCGUUAUAGAAACGAAGGUGUAUUUAGGAUGGCUACUGCUGAAUUAAACAGAAGACAUAUUGGAGAAAACAAAUUCACAGUACCUGAAGUAAUACACAAACUAUCAAUGUUGUUAUUGCAAUAGUUAAGUCCAGAUUUUAGGAUUAAAAAGAAGUUAAACUAUGCUUCUAUUAAUAUAUAAGGGAUGUAUACAAUUUAGUAUAUUUGUAUACAAAUUAAAAAAUUGUCUUUGAGGAAACAUACUUAAUUAUUGUGGGAUUUUAAUAGCUAGUCUUAAUAGAUAAAUAGUAGUCUUAAAUUAUUUUUUCCUAAAUUUGUUGGUGAGGAAAAUCAAAACUUAAUAAUAUUUACAUUGAACGUAUCAAAGAGGUUUUGUCCUCAUCAAAAAUAUUAGCUGACGUCUUGGCCUCCACCGUAAGAUAUUUAGUCCCUGAAAAUUAUUAUUCAUAAGAUUUUCGUUUUCGUCCUUUGGUAUUUGUGAUAGAAAUCAAGUAGGUGGCAGUGGUUUUAAAUAUAAAAAAUUGCCAUACAUUUAUUUAUUUUUAUAUAUUUAUAUUUUUUUAUUUGUCUUUAAUUAAUUUAUAUAAAUAAUUAUAUGGUGAUUUUAAAUGGCAAUUAAUGUACUUCAAUUAGAUUUCAUUAUACAUAGUUAAUUUUUGAUAUAAACAUAAUAAUUACCUAAAUUGAGCUUAAGUAAUUGUCAAUUUAUUUUGAAUGGGACUUUAUAUUUUUUUAUUAUUUAAGUUGAUUGGUGGUUUAAAAUAAUACUGGGACCUAAUGUUAUACAGUCAAUAUUAUAGGGAUGAAACAUACGUUUAUCAAUUGAACAGUACCUACUACUAUAGGACUUAAGGAUUUUAUUAUACUCAACUAACAAUUAUUUAGUUUUCUAUUCAAAAUCUAAGAAUAAUUGAAAACUUUUAAAUUUUUAAAAUUUCAUAGGUAAUUCUACACCUAUAAAAUACAAUAUUUAUUUAUUUCCUUAAAAAAAAUCCUGGGUUUCACUGAGGAGUUAUGCGGAGGUUGUCUCCAAAUCCCCAUCUUAUUUUAUUGUUGGUUCUAAUUGUAACGAUGAACCUAUUGAUUUUACUAUAUAUGAUUUUUUCCCACAUAUGUACAACUUUUCUGCCAGAAAUCUUGCUCCAAUCAAAAGCCAACAAGAUAGAAUUGUUUCCAUUGUAUUAUAUUGUAGAAUUUUGUAUCUAGUUGGUGCAUUGAAGAAUUCUUCAAUUUUUGAUUUUCUAUGUUGCUAAAAAAUAGUUUUAUUAUUUUCGAUUUCUUUUAUUGUAAUUUGAUUGAAAAUAAUCGUAGACAAUUAAAAUGUUCACAGAAUACCCCUUAAAUUAACACUUUAUAAAAGUGGUAAACUUCUUAAAAAAUUUUUGUCAGUUUUUAGUUAUUUAAAGAUAUUUAAAAUAAUAGUUUGAUUAUUAUAAUUAGUCUUUUUUUUGGUUUUAUGUGAAUGACAUUGUUUGGCUAAAUAAACAUGUUGAUGAGUUAACAUGAGGUUCAUUGUAAGUUGUUUCUCUCUGUUCUUUAGUUUUACAAUUUUAUAAAAAUUUCUAAUCUUGGUUUCUCUUUAGAACAAUUUUGAUUUAAAAUAUUUAUGUUACCUGAAAUCAACCCUCUCUGUCUUGUGUAAACUACUUAUGAUUUCGAGACUCUAAUAUAUAGAUUUGGUUGACACUAUGUGAAUAUAAUUGUUUGACUAAACAAAAAUGCUAGAAAAUUUAAUAGUAGGUUUAUUAUGAGUAAGUGGUUAAAAUAACGGCAAAAAAAAAAAAAAAAAGAGCUGGUACUGGGGAUAGGAGCGGCCACUGUUUUAGGUGAGAAGUUAGGAAGGUAGGAUACGUAAGGUUAUUUCAUUUAUAUCAGUAACGGUAAAUCAUUGCUUGACAAAAGAUGAUUCGAAGCGCAGUUUGGUUAUACAUAAUUUGAAGUCUCUACGUGUAUUUAUAAUUGAAUUACAACAAAAAACUCCCAAAAAUAAAAAAUCCUUAAAAGCUCAAAAGUGAUUCAAAAGAUUUUGGCAAUGAUACCAUAAAAAAGUAAAUCAAAAAGGCAAAAAAGGUAUCUUGUGAUUUUUCGAUUAGUCAUCUUUUCUGGUAGAAAACGUCGUCUGUGUUUUUAUAAAAUAAUGAAAUCGUGAAAUUGUACGAUUUCCUAAGUUUUUUUCCCACUUAAAAGCUUUUAUUUAAAAAAUGGUGUUGAAAAUCAAAAAAUGACCUCUCUAAAGUACAAUCUAGACAAUUUGAGCUUUCAGAAGAGUUGCAGAAAAAUUGGAGCUAGUUUACUAGGUUAAAACGUGUUUACAAACUAGAACAAAGAACAAAAAAGAAAUAAACAGCAUUGUAAAACCAAUAGCUCCCUCGCUCUGCUUGGAAUCUAAAAGUAAUGAAAUGUUGUAAUUUUUUUUUAUAAUGGUUUUAAGGUAAAAUUUUGGUAAAAAUCUUAAAUAUGCAACCUUUCAAAUUAUAUGACAAAUAUCGCUCAAAAUUGUUUUUUGAUAGAACUGGUUUAUCCUUGUUACAGGUACAAAUUAAAUCAUGUAUUCUACCUUUCCGAAUUCCUACCUAUAACAGUGGCAUUACUAUCAUCAGUAUCAGCUCUUAUUUUUAUAUUUAUUUUAUUGUUAUAAUUAUUUAAAUUAAUGUACAUUGUAGAUAAGAGUCAAAUGGAAAUCUUUGAAAAAAAUGUUUAAAGAUGCAGAAAUUAAGAAUGGAACCAACAAUCACAACAAAGUGACAUGCAAAUUUUAUGACCGUCUUGCUGAACUAUUGGGGCAAAGAGCUACAUCAAAUACCAAAGAUAGUGGUUGUGAUGAUAAAAAUAACAUUCAUGACCUUGAAGAAACCCCCUUAGAAGAAAUUUGUACAACUAAAGUAAAUGUUUCAACGUGUAUGGAUUCAAUUUGUUCAUAUUCUGUUGUGGCCAAAGAAAAAAAAACUACCCCAAAAUCUAGUGGUAAGUAUAAAAAGUGUUGUUAAAGAAUCUUGACAAAGAUAUUUAAAAUAUUUUUCUGUGGCUUUAUCGCUUUUAUAAUUGGUGGUCUACCUUCCUCCUUCUUCUGAUACCUUUUACUUAGCUUAUCUUUCAUCUGUUGACUACCUCCUUCUGAUGCCCUACCACCACCUUCUCUCAAACACAAUUAAUAAAUGUACACCUUGCUCCAGUCCCUCCAUACCCAUGUCCUAUGAUUUCUCUCAGGCAUCACUGAUUUCUUUCCCUUAUGGAAUUGGGAACUUACUUUCUCUUUCUAUGAUGCUGAUGAGGCCAUACAUUCCUUUAUUCUAUAUUUUGUACCUCAGGUUAUUUAUUAUCAUUCUGUUUUUCUUGUCUGGUUCACUCCCGACCUUAAGAAACUUAUCUUUGCAAAAUCCAGACCCACUCCACAUUUAAAUCCUCUAGUUCUCUAUCUGAUUAUCAAACUUUUCCACUUCUUCUUUUAGUCCUUUUGUACCACGGAUUAUCUAGUUUUAAUCCCAAUGAUGUAGCCACCUUUUCUCUCAAUAUUUCUCCUCUGUUUAUUCCCCCCUCUUUACCAGCUACAUUGGAUUCGUUCAUAUUUCACUGAUCAGGUACUAUCUGUUGCAGUCUUGGGUUCCUCUUAAAAUGUAUUUUCUCCUUCUUUUGGCAUUCCUCAAGGUGUUCUCUCUCCCCUUCUUUUUGCCCUCUUUAUUAACUCUGCUUCCACAGUACUUCACGAUGUAAAUCUUCUUAUCUUUGCUGAUGAUAUGAAGCUCUUUUAACAAAUCAACUCCUGCUACCUAACUGCCUUCUACUGCAAGCUGCUUUUGACUAGUCACUUGGGGUGAGUCUCAUGGCUUUACCUUGAACAUCCUGAAAUUUUCGGUCAUGACCUUCUCUCCUCUCAAAUCUUCCUUAUCUUUUCCUUACACCAUAAAUGAUAUUCCUCUCCCAAUUGUCGGAAACUAUGAUCAUGGUUUUUCUCUCACUAAAAACAUAUCUCCUCACCUUCACAUUGAAUCUACCUGCUCUAAAUCCAUUAAGCUCCUUGGCUUUGUUAGCUGUACUGUAUUUCUUGGAAUUUGCAUUUACUUUCCCCAUUGAAAUAUUUAUACUGCUCUUUUAUUCACCCCAUCUUGGGAGAACAGUACUGUUUUUUGGGACUUAUAUUCCUCUGCAUCCAGUGAAAUGAUCGAACGAGUCCAGAGAAGGUUCCUUCAAAUUGUUGCACAUAGACUCAAGAUCCCUUGCCCCUCAUAAGACUACUUAUUGGUCUUGCUUGCGCUGGGCCUCCCUCUCUUUGAUCAUAAGCAUCAGACAAAUCUUCAUUUCCUAUCCAAAUUCUUAUCCAACCAGAUUGACUCUCCUUCCUUAGUGAAAUAAUUUUCUGUGUUCCCCCCACAUCAAACUCGUUCUUCUAUUCUUUUUUACAUUCUAAUUUCCUUGGUCAAGCCCCAAUGGUUCUCCUUCGCCCUUCACCCAACACAAUACCGGUCUGUUAACUUGUUCUUUAAUUUGUAAUGUCUUUAUAUUUAUUUGUUCUAUGUUAUAUUUAUGUAUUCUUUGUAAUUGGACUUGCUCCGUUUAUAUAAUAAUAAAAUAAAUUAAUAUUGAAAAUCAAUUUUUUAUUGAGUAAAAUAAACUGAUAAGUAUUUUUGUUCUCUUUUAUUUUUGCUAUUUCAGAUAUGUAUAUUGUUGUAAGAAGAAAAUUAUGUGUCUAAAAUACAUUCUUAAUAAUUUUAACAAUAAAUAACUGGACUCCGAACUUUAUGCAUUUACAUAAAUCUUAUGAAGCUGCAUACUAACAAUUUCUAAAAAGUCUAACAAUUUUAUCCACAGAGUACCUACUGAACAGAAAUUUGUAAGAAAACCCCCAUAAAAUUAAAAUGUCUAUAAACAGCUUAAAAAUGGCUACAAUGUUUUAAAAAUUUUACUACCUCUAGAAAAGACAAACAUAUGUUUUCUGUUCAAACAUAGUUUCUCUUUUUAUUUCUUGUUUCUAAACUUAAGUCUACAAAUAUUAUUAACUGAAUCAAAAAAAAACAUAAUACAUUUUGUAAAUUCUUCCACUUACCGGUUUUUUCAAUUUUUUAUGAAACUACCAGUACUACCUUAGUCAAAUUUCCUUUAAAAAAAACUGCUAAAUUUGAAAAUUUUGGGUAGAAAAGUUAUUUACAGAUAAAAUAUAUAUAUAUAUACAUCAUUGUAAAACCAAUAUAUUCUUCACUAUGCUUGGAAUAAAAAAAUUAUUACUUAUUGUGCUUUGUAUUAUAUUAUAUAAAAACUAUUAUUGUAGAUUGACAUCAUGUAUCAUAUUAAAUUUGUUAACUUAUUUGUAAUUUACUUAUUGUUUCAGAAUGUAAAACAGAGUGGACUGAUUCAUGUAGCAAACUGAAUAAUCUAAAAACUACUACAAAAGUUAAACCAAUUAAACAAAUUCUAACAGUUCAAACAUUAGAUGAUUCAUCAGAGUUUUUAUUUUUAAAAAGUAUAGUACCAGAUUUUAUAAAACUCAAUAGUAAAAAUCAGCGUAAAUUUAAAAAUGUUCUUUUAAACACAUUGGAUCAAUUACUGGAUGAACAAGAAACCUCAUCUGGAUCAUAAAUAAAUUCAAGUUACUUCAUGCCGUUAUAUACAAUCAUUCAAAUCACUACAACAGCAUACAAUUCAGGCCUGAUUGGAAAACCCCAACCCCCUACUGUUUGUAUCUGAACACAUACAAAAUAUAAGUUAUUUAUAGCAAAUCAUAAUAUUUACUAUUUUCUAAACUACUGUAUUUCUUUAUUGAUAUCUCUAUUUGUUAUAAAUUUUUUUAUGUGUACACAAAUUUAAAAAUUGUUUAUAUGUGGCCUGAUUCAGACCUCCAUUUUGAUUUUAUCCACAUGGUAUUUCACUCCUCAAUGAUUUACAGCUUCAUUUGAAGCUUUUAAAUACUUGUUGCUAGAACACACUAAAAUUAUACAGAAUGUGCUAACUUAAAUCUUAAUAAGUAAUUAGAGAAUACCUGUUACAUAUAUAAUAAGCUACAUGUAUUAAUGAUUGACAAUUUUCCAUAAGUGUAGUGUAAAUACUAUUCUGCACCCGCUCAAAGGUUAAUAAACAUAUCAAAUUAAAGUAUUAUGUAUUAAAAUUGUAAUACAGUUAAAUUGUAUAUUAUAGGUGUUAGGUUAUAAAAUACAAAUCAACUACAGUGGUUAAACAUUUGUUUUACAUUUUUUUUUCUAUUUGUAAACAAAUUUUCUACCAAAAUUCUUGUUCCAAUAAUAAUUAUUUUUGUAAAUUUUCCCAUUUUUUUUUUUUUAUAUAUUUUUCAGUUUUGCUCAAUUAUUAUAAUAACAAAAAAAGGUCACCUCUUGUUUGCCUAUUGGACAAAUAUUUAUGGUAGGAAACAUAAUCUGUAAAAUUUAAUAAAAAAUUGUAUAUUUUGUUUUUUUUAAAUUUUUUUUUUUUAAUGGAAAAAGAAAGGUAAGAUAAUGAGGAAAAGUGCAGCCACUGGUGUAGGUGGGAAGUUGGGAGUAUAGGAUAUAGACGGGAAUUUAAUGUAUAUCUGUAAGCAAUGUUAAAUCAUUGCUUGCGAAAAAGUGAUUCUGAGUGGAGUUCAGUUGAUAGUGAUG